AUGGAAAAUUUAAAUAAUGAUAAUGUAAAUGCAAAUACUGAUAUUUCAAAUAAAAAUAAUUGUGAAGAGAAAAGUGAUGAAUUAAAAAAUAAUGUUGAAGUUUUUAAUAUUGCCGAAGGUGAAGAAUGUAAUUUAAAAAAUGAUGAUGAACAUGUUUCUCAACAAGGAGAAGAAUCAUCAUACAUGAGUGAAAUGAAAAAGAAAAGUCUUUUGGCUGAACAUAUAGCUAAGGAAGCAAAGAAGAAAGCAUCAGUAAUUAUCAUGAAAAACGAAAGGCUUCAAAAAGUAUAUAAAGGUAGAGGGGUUAAUGACAAUGAAAACAUUUCUGAGAAUACGGAAAAAAUGGUAGAGGGAAACGAAAUAAAAACACCUAUAAUACAAAGUGAAAUGGAUAACAACGAUCAGGAAAAUUCAACACAAAAUGAACCCAAGAAGAAAUUCUUAAUCGGAGCUAAACCAAUUUUACCAACAUGUAAUGAAGAACUCUUAGAAAAACUCAAACAAAGAAGAGUAUAA